AGUGCUGGGAAUGUACGGUGGCGAUGUUCACAAGUACCUCCACCGACGCGCAAUGAGAACGAAGGCUCACUUCCCCUCGUCGUCGGUGACGAUAAAUCGCGAGGGCAGAGCUGCGCAGGCCGAGUCUCGGCCCGCCCGAGCUCUGAAGUUGACCUAGGUCUCUGGAAGCCAUUAAUCUCGUUCUGUUUGACCUAAAAGAAGCGGUUUUACAUACCAUUAUUCCCGAUUUUUCAAAGUUUUCUUGGGAGCGGAUUGCUGUUGUUAGGGUGGAGGAACGCGGGGAGCGUUUAUAAAUAGUUUGUUUCGCAAGUUUUUUGUUCUGAUCAAUCGGUGCUGCUCAAUUCCUUGGUUGUUUAAAUAUUUUUUGGUGAUUUUGUGCACGAUUUUCUGCGGUUCGAAGGGGAAUCGCUCUCCCUGUGAAGCUGCAUUGCUAGUACUCGAUUAAAUAGAGAGCAGGACGUGAAGAGAUGUUGUUGAUUUGUUUUGGCGAAGAAGAUUGAGAGGUGAAGAGGGGAAUUUAUGUUUCUUUGAUUGGGGGUUGAAGUUGCUAUGAAUUCGUGCGGAGGCGUUAGGGUUUUCGGCGAUGUGCAGAGCGGAGAGUUCUCCGCGUAGAUCUGAGGACUGCGGGAGGAAAAUGGGGAAGAUGGCGGCGGUGGAAAAGUUUAAGGGUGUUGUGGUGGUGAGGUCGAGGAUGAAGCUCUGGAUGAUCAGAGCAACCACCACGGUGCUGCUGUGGACGUGUUUGGUGCAACUUACGGCGCUGAGGGAGCUUUGGGGGCCUAGGGUUUUCAACGGCUGGCCUUCCUGCUUUACUUCUUCAGAUCAUGUGGGAAUCUACGAGUCGGACUCCAUUGUUGCACGGAAGAUUGUUCUUCCUCCCAAGAGAAUCUAUAAGAACAAUGGAUACUUGAUUGUCUCCUGCAACGGCGGACUAAACCAAAUGCGAGCUGCAAUAUGCGAUAUGGCUGCUAUUGCAAGAUAUUUGAAUGUGACCCUCAUCGUACCAGAGUUAGAUAAAACAUCAUUUUGGAAUGAUCCGAGUGAAUUUGAAGACAUUUUUGAUGUAGACCAUUUUAUUACUUCAUUGAGGGAUGAAGUCAGGAUAUUGAAAGAGCUCCCACCAAGAUUGAAGCUUAGAGUGGAGCUGGGGUUGUAUUAUUCCAUGCCUCCUGUUAGCUGGUCUGAUCUUUCUUAUUACAAAAAUCAGAUUCUGCCCUUGAUACAGAAGCACAAGAUCUUACAUUUGAAUAGGACUGAUGCCAGGCUCUCAAAUAAUGGAUUACCUAUGAAGAUACAGAAACUUCGCUGCAGGGUGAAUUAUUCCGCACUUAGAUUCACCCCUCAGAUUGAAGAAUUGGGUCGGAAAGUGAUCGAAUUGCUUCAAAGAAAUGGCCCGUUUCUCGUCCUCCACCUCCGCUAUGAAAUGGACAUGCUUGCAUUUUCAGGCUGUACGCACGGCUGCACCGACGAAGAAGCCAAUGAGUUAACUCGAAUGAGAUAUGCUUACCCUUGGUGGAAGGAAAAAAUUAUAAACUCUGAUGUGAAAAGGAAGGAUGGUCUCUGCCCUUUAACACCAGAAGAGAUUGCUCUUGUAUUGAGAGCUUUGGAUAUUAAUGGCAGCACCACUAUAUACAUUGCUGCAGGAGAAAUAUAUGGUGGAUCUAGAAGAAUGGCUGCACUAAAUUCAGCUUUUCCUAAUGUGGUGAGAAAGGAAACAUUGCUGGAGCCCUCUGAUCUCAAAUUCUUUCAGAAUCACUCCUCGCAAAUGGCGGCAUUAGACUAUUUGGUAUCAUUGGAGAGCGACAUUUUUGUUCCUACUUAUGAUGGUAAUAUGGCUAAGGUUGUCGAAGGUCACCGCAGAUACUUGGGCUACAAGAAAACCUUCCAGUUGGAUCGAAAACUUCUUGUCGAAUUGAUCGAUAGGUACAACAACGGAUCCAUGGAUUGGAACGAGUUUUCUUCAUCGGUGAAGGCUGCUCAUGUGAAUCUCACCGGAAAACCUACGUGGAGAACGGUAGUGAUGGAUCGUCCCAAGGAAGAGGACUACUUCUAUGCCAACCCACAAGAAUGCCUCCCUCCAUUUCCAUCAAAAUGAGCUUUGUUGGAUUCUAGCUCGGAGCUGGUACAUAUGAUGCAUGUUUGAGAUGAAGAUGUUGAUGUAUGCUAGCUUUAUCAAAUACUCUGCAAAUAAAAAGAUUCAUUUUUGUAUAGAAUGUUGGGAAUUAAGAAAAAUGGGGGAGAGAAUAAGGGUAAUCAAGCAUAUAGCCGUUGCAGAAUUUAAGUUAUGAAGAAGUGGGUGUGUGAGAUUAUUACAGAAUGUUAGCUUUUCAGUUCACCCCAUGGAGAUGAUAUUUUGUCAUUUAAAGUCAUAGUUGUCAUACUUAAAAACAUUCCUUGUUGUAUAUUUCAACUUGUUUGAUUCAAAUUAUGUACUUUUUUGUCAUGUUAUUUUAUUUGUCA